AUGGCGUCGGUGAGAAAAGCUUUGAGUCGAUCCAAAGCACGUGCGGCGACGCUGCAUUUGACCGUGCGGGAAGCGAGCAUCGUGUUGGCGAUAUAUUUGUUGUCGCGGUACAAUCUCAAUGCUGUGGCAUUGUAUGUGGCUUCAAGAAAUGCGGUCCGGCAGCAACCGAGCCACAGUGCAGCAGAGGUGCGUGAGUUGACAGAAAGCCUGUACUUAGAAACUUCCAUCGACGAACUGAUUGCUUUGGAGUGUGGGGAACCUGGAAGACACGCGCGUGUCCGACACGCAGCAGUGUCGUUUUUGGCGGAACUGCGAACAGUUGAAUGGUUGGAGUCUCAAAACAUGCUCGGCGCCGCCCCUAGCUCGGCUGCCAUGGCCAGCAAGUAUCUGAUGUUUUGCGAAGCUUUUCAUGACUCCCGGUGGGACGGUGCGCUGGCGAGGGCGGUCCACAACAAUUCGCUGAAUCACAGCGCUGGGCGGUACUUGCGCAAGUGGUCUGCAGACUUCCGCGAACGCUGGAAUGUUGCUUUUCGAGUGCUUUCGGUGAAGCCUCCUGCACCUUGCGCAGAGCUUGCGGCGAAGGUAAAAACUCUGUGGCAGUGGGUGUUCUGGCUACGCCACUGCUGUAUCGGCGUUGGCAAGAUUCCAAUCUUGCUGAACUUGGAUGAAACCUACAUCCCCUGGAGCCCUGGCUCACUUGCUGGCAAUGUUCUUCGCAAGACCAGAGUGACGGGCGCGAAGCGUCGCAGGGGAGGCUUUACUUAUACGCCCAUCAUCUGCACGAAUGAAGCUUUGCAGCCCUUGUUGCCCCGUUUCCUUGUGGCCAAGCGUUCUGUUCUCAGCGCUCGAGCAGUGCGGACUGUUUCUGCUCAGAAGCCGGACAACCUACAUAUUUGGCGUGAGGCAAGCGCGUGGUCAACGGUUCGGGUGAUGAAACGUGUACUCGAGGAACCGUCACAUGUAAUGGCUGCUUUCCCGGCCUUCCAAGCAAUCUUGCUUCUGGAUUGUCAUGCUUCCCACAUUCACCCCGACACGGUGCGCGCCGCGAACAACAGCAACAUCUGGAUGGCUGUCAUUCCAGCAGGCCUAACUGGGCUGAUUCAGCCUUUGGACACACUGGCCUUUUCGGCUUUCAAGUUCCAUCUCAAACAGCAAUUUCAGAUGGGUCUGGGAGAGAGCGAGACACUGCCAGAGGAUUUUUUACGCCGAGUCUUUGCUUUGAGCCAGACCUUUUUCAAUGGAAGGAAAUGGAAGGCAGGUUUUGCGUCUUUGGGGUUGGAGCCGGAGGCCCCUGUUCGCUUAUCGCGUGAUCUUCGACCAUAUCAAGAAGCCCUCGCGCUG